CGCUCGGGAAAGGACCUGCCAAAAAAGCUCGCUUGGCUCGCUGCAUUGUGGCGCGGCUUCCUUCCUUUUCUUUUCUUUUCUUUUUUAAAGAAUAAUAAAGGAGGGAGUGAAACGUUCUCUUCCCUCCCCCCGCCCCGCAAAAGAGCCAAAUGGAUCGCAGAAGAGGCGCAGGGAGCAGGGGGGACCGGGGCAACUGCCAAGGGGGUAUGCCAGUGAGGUGUGGCUUGCAUUUAAAUAUCCAAUAUGUCAAUGUAAGGGGAGUGUGUGUGUACGUAUAUAAAGUCCAGUUUGCAUCGGAUCGCCGGACAGAUCCAGCAGCUAUGAAAGGCGGCAGGACGAGGAGGUGGAGGAGGAGAAGCAGGGGGGGACGCGCUGGACCAGGCGAGCCGGCGCAGGCGGCUUGAGCUGGGGAGCUAGCAAGCGCAAGAGAGCGGCGGCGACGCCGGAGGAAUCGCAGCCUCCGAGAGGGCAAGAGCUACUGUCCUCCGCUGGACCCGGAGCUCGCGUGGCUCGUUCGUUAGUACGCUCGGGCUUCCCUGCUGUCUCCUCCGGGCUUUGCGCCCCCGCGGUGGCCAUGGCCGAGGUCGGCGGCUUCCUGGGCUCUCUCGAUUUGGAUUUGCACGGAUUCUCCUCGACACUUGGGAGCGUGGCGCUCGCCGACUCGCCGGGCUUUUUAAACGAGCGCCUGGGGCAAAUCGAGGGGCGGCUGCAGCGGGGCUCUCCCACUGACUUCGCCCACCUGAAAGGCAUCCUCCGACGGAGGCAGCUCUACUGCCGGACCGGGUUCCACCUGGAGAUCUUCCCCAACGGCACCGUGCACGGCACCCGCCAGGACCACAGCCGCUUCGGUAAGCCGCGGGCGGGGUGGCAGCGGGGCUGGGAAGAGGCGUGCGCGGCGGCGCUGAGCGCUAAACAAAAGCAGCGGCAGCAGCGGCAGAACCUUUAGCUCCCUUUCCCCUCAAAGUUGUAGGGAGAGUUAGCUUGGGAAGAAAAAGCGGUUGAGCAUGGAGGGGCAGUAGGCGCAAUGUGGGGAGAAGGCAUUGGCAGCAGCUGGAGAGGGGCGCCCGCUGGCGGGGGGGCAUGCAGCCCCUACCCGCCGCGUGGGAACGUAUGCCCGCCUUUGCGCUCUGUGGAGCAACCUUGCGUCCCCUGUUUACAGCCUCUGUGCUUUGGUUCGCGUCCAAGCCACGUGGUCGCCUUUCCUUCUCCCAAACUCUUUCUUCUCUCUCGGUCCCUGAACCGAAAGACCCCCUGAUUGGAAUCUCCCCUCUCUCUCCCUCUCUGUUCCACCCCACCGCACCGUGUUGGUGGAGGAGUCUCCCGUUCCCUUCCCACUAGCGUCCCCACCCCCGUCUCGAAAGCAGGUGUCCUUUUUUGCUCUGCCGGAUCUCUCGCGCAGUCACAAUAGCCGCGGAGAGCUGCCUUUAUGAACUUGUUCAAAGUGCCCCGCCGCCUUGUCCCACAUACAGAACUAAUUACACUAGUAAUAUAAAUCAUCCUGAGCAUGGAUAUAAUUAGAAUGCUAAAUAAAUGCGCUCACUCCCCUGAAAUGCCAGCAUGUUAAUUUUCAAUUUCCUAUUCUCCCACUGCUAAACCGUUUUGCAGGUGCACAAAAAAUACUUUAAAAAGCAGGCUCUUUAUAAAAAAAGCAACCAACAAAAACAAAACUAGAACCAAAGAGAAGCAGGCUAGGAACAUGUUUUCCACACACACAGGCACACAGGCCCAUGCAGCUUACAAUAGGAUAGUUUGGAAAGCUGAACAGAAAACAUCAGUUCAUAAGUUUAUUGUUCUAGCCAAAGGCCGUGACAAACUUGUAGCUGUAGUAUUAAUAAGAUAAUUCAUAACAUAAGCUUGGAAAGCAGAGAAGAGACAGGCAGGUGCUUUUGGAAAACCCACCCUUUGCACAAUUUUAGACUAGGCACUUCUCAUACCUAGUCAUUAAGGUUGCAACCCUAUACCUGUUUGCAUGGAAGUAAGCACCAUUUGAUGCACUCGGGCUUACUUCUGAGCAAUAUGUGUGUAGGGUUGUGCUGCAAAGGGAAUUUGAAGCAUGAAUAAAAUGUGGAACCAAACCAACUAAAAAUAGUUUCAUAACUUUACAUCCUUCAUAUGAAAUGAAGUUUCGUGAUGGUAGGAAUGUGAUCAGAGCUUGGUGACUUUUAUUUGGCAAAAUAUGCAGACUUCAGAACCCUGUCCUUGGUUCACUGAAUGCUGGGAAUGCUUAAUAACCAUUUUUUUAAAUGCAAAGAAGAAAGUGAGGUGCAGAGAAAGGAGUGGGGUCUGAGAACCACAGGUGUCUUGCAGGGACUCUCAAGAAGGUCCAACAUGGAGACUUCAGCCAUGCAUCCAGCAAGUCUGGAAUCCUGGGAUAACUGUGAGCACCACCCCUACCCUAUUAAGAUGUCUACAGUGAAACCAGUUUUGUUCUCUGUCUUGUUACACACUCGUGUUCUGCAAGAAAUUGAACACUUUUAAAAUAUGUGAGUUGGUUAGGGGGAAAGAAAAAAGGCUUACGGCCCUGUCCACCACCCACCAAGCUGAAUAGUGGUUACUCCCAAGUAAAUGUGUACAGGAUGUCAGCCUUACUAUAAAUGGUAUCUGCUUGGUUGAAUCAACAAGCAAAGCCCUAACCGACAGGUCAAUGGAAGGUACUAAUAGGCACAGCCAAACCUUGUUUAAUUAGCUCCUGAAAGACAUAAUAUAAUUUCCCUCUCCCUAGGAAGGAGAUGGGUAGAAGAAAUGCUGUGUACACCUCAGCUAGCUUUGGCCCAACCUGGCUACUACUAGCACCUGCAUACAAACACACACAAUUUCUAAACAAGCUAUGGAUUUUCUACAGCUGCAGGUCAAUAAACUGCGAGAGCAACCUUCAGUGAAAUAUAUUAGGUUUGCUGCCAAGGAUUGACAUGUAAGAGUCUAGAGCAGCUAGCCAGAGUUUAGAAAUAAAGAAGAAAACCUUCCCUUUGUUCAGUGACAGCAACCCUCUUUUUCAUUUGGUUUGCAAGCUGAGUUUGAAGAGUUAACUGUAUGGUGCAUUCAAUAAAUCGAAACAUUAGCAUUCCACAAGUGUUUCAAGCAGUUGGCAUCCAGCUAUGUAAAUGAGACCAGGCUUCUGAUAUAAAAUAUUAUAGAUUUCUGCUCCAGGCUUCUCCCAAAGGCAGUGUAAAAUAAAUAGUUAUUUGUUGUAAUUGGAGGGCAGAGCCUCAGGGGGGAGGGAUCAAACUGGAAUCCUCAGGUGCAGAUCAAGUUGGCUUGAACUCUAGGCCCGAGAAACUCAGCACCUCAGAGACCUGGCAUGCUGUAUUAAGUUUUGCCCUCAGCCAAUCAUGAGCAAUUAAAUUCUGAAGUUUGGAGCUUGCAUUCAGGCUUCAAGUGGCCUUUCACUCUGAUUUUAUAAGAAUUAAGCAUGUGGGGAGGAUCUCAACAAAUGUUUUGAGCUGCAGACUGGAACCUCCAUGUUUAGAAGCAGAGCUUAGCAUAAACAAAUGAAGAGGGUUGUUAUCUUCAUUUCUGCCUCAUGAACUUUCCAUACCCAUCUUGCUGCCCAAUGCUGAGAACAGGGUGCUGGAUCUCAGAACUGGCAGGCCUUUUCUUACAUCCUUACAGUGCAGAACACAUUUGAAGCUAGAUCACUGAGGCUAGCUAGCUGGCUGUCACUGAGGAAGACUUGGGCUGUGAGUUAAGAAAAUGGACUCCAAGAAGUUAAGCAUGGUGAUUCGGGAGAUGUAGCAAUUCCCACCAACUUGGAUGGCUUUAAAAGGCGUUUGGGCAAAUUCUCAGAGGUUAAGGCUAUCAAUGGCUACUAGUUAUGGUGGACAUGGCUACCAAGAUCAGAAGCAUUAUGCCUCUGGGGAACAUAAGUGGGGAGAAUGCUGUUGUGUUCCUGUCCUACUCAGGGGACUUCCCAUAGGCAUCAGGUUGGCCGUGAUGGGAACAAGAUGCUAUUCUAGGUGGGCUUUUGUCUGAUUCAGCAGGGCUGUUAUGUUUUUAUUGGCUACUGCAGAGUUGUGAGUUCAAAUCUUGUGUGCAGAGAGACAGACUCUGUUUCUUUAGAGAGAAGGCUUAUAACUCCAUAGCAGAGCACACCCACUUUGCAUGCAUAAUAUCCCAAAGUAGUCACUGAGAGAUGCUGCUUGUUGGAGUACAUGGUACUGAACCAUGAGAAUUGCCAGGCAACUUCAUAUAUUCAAUACUAUGGAUCUGCCAUUGCUUAUUACUACCCCUCAGGUAGUGUUACUUUACUUACCUAUUAAGGGAAACUUACAUGGAUUUGUGUCUGGAUACUGAUUGCCUGGUACUCUGAGAAAGAGUCAGGGUAGUAUCCUGAAGUAUUCAGGUAGUAUCCUGAAGCACUGCAAAGAAGGCAGAUCUGCAGCCACUUCUGGGUGGGAGGGCUAGAACAGGAGCCUGCUUCAACAAGUUGAAGAAGGUCAGGUGAAAUCCAUAUGAUGUGCAUGCUGUCCCACAUCCAUUCAUCCCAGAAGAAAGAUAAUAUGAUCUGAUCAAGACUUGAUGCAAGGAAGGGUGGUGGUGAUAGGUUAUGUGGACUAGGAGCUUUCAAACUUUCUAGCUCAGUCAGUGGCGUAGCGUGGGGGGUGCAGGGGGGCCGGCCGCACCGGGCGCAACAUCUGGGGGGGGCGCUCACACUCGCAGCUCUCUGCCCCUAUGGGUUAGGGGGCGCAAAUUGCUUGCCUUGCCCUGGGUGCUGACAACCCACGCUACGCCACUGAGCUCAGUCUUGGCAAAUCAGGUGCUUUCCAGAUGUUGUUGUGUACAACUCCCACCAGCCCUAUCCUCCAUAGCUGUGGUGCCUGGUGCUAAUGGGAAAUUGUAGUUCAAAACAUUCGGAGGGCGCCAGGUUGGUGAAAGCUGAGCAAGCUGUUGAGAACCCUUUCCACUCUGAAUCCUGGUACAGAGGAUUAUGGGAAGAGUCCUAGUGUGUGCAGUCCAUUCAGUGUUGGCCCUCACUUUUGCUCUGUGUGAACACCUAACACUUCUCUGCUGGGAAGUGGAAGGGAGGUCUUCUCAUGGAGGAAUACCUGGUACGCUUCUGAGGAAUCCCAAACACAGAAGGAAAACCACUGCUGCAGACAGCCCAGUUGGCAACAGGGAGGGAAAGAAGGCUAUGUAUUGCAAAAUAACCAUGUGUCCCUUCAUUUUUAUUAUUGACAUAGUCAAGCACCCAAGAAUGCUUGAAGUGCUAACCAGCCCAAGCAUAACUCCUCAUACACCACUAUCUUAUUCUCUUAGCAGCUGAGAAGCCAUCAGCAGAAGGUAGGAGGAUAACAGAAUUGUAAGAUGCAUAGUCUCACUGGCUCAAGUCCUGUAGGUCCUGCCUAACUACAGUACCUGCAAAACUUCAAACCAGUAUUGAAUUCAUUUGGAACUUCUUACAGCUUUCCAACAGCCUGUGACAACCUUUGAGGCUUCACCUAACCAUUUGCAAAUCACUGUCCCAGCACAACGUCACAACCUGUGAUGUUCAUAUAACUGUAGACCAGCAGUGGCCUGUGGCCCCUCUGGACAAUGCUGGACUAGUACUGUCUUUGGGAAGGGUCAUAGCUCAGUGGUAGAGCAUCUGCUUUACUUGCAGAAGGUCCCAGACUCAAUCCCUGGCAUCUCCAGGUAGGGGCAGGAGAGUCCUCUGUCUGAAACCCUGAAAGAACCACUGCCAGCUAGUGUGGACAGUACUGAGCUAAAUAUUCCUGUGUUCCCCCUGCCUAUUGGCCAUGCUGGCUAGGAGUUACGGGAGUUGGAGUUCAGCAAUAUUGGGAGGACCACUGAUCCUGCAUCACUGCUAUGGCCACAUAACAGUGAUGCAAUUUUGGGCUAAAGGCUGUAGUUCUUACUUCAGGGCAUCCUCAGAAGGUUUGUGAAGGGGCUGCUCUAGAAGGAGCAUUUAAGGUCUGGCAACCUAGGCUGCAGAUGCACAAAUUGACUGUACCUCAAAAGUGUACUGUUGUGGUUCCAGUGUCUGUGCUUUGUCAAGAGCUGAGUCGGAGCUGAACUGUCCCCAAGCCACAUUGCAUUUCUUGAAUGGUAGGUACCUUCAUACUUUGAAAGUGAGGCAUGUAGAAAGCCACCUUCCACCAAGCCAGACUUUUGGUCCAUCUGUCUAUCUACAUUGACUGGCAGGGACCCAAACAGCGUCCUUUCCCAGUCUCUACCUGGAGAUGCCAGGGAUUGGAUCUGAUCUCUUUUGUAAGCAAAAUACAAGUAUCCGUAUUUACAGCAAAUCCCAGCAGUCCACUGCCUCAGUGUGGCAAAAUGCGCACAAUGGUGUUAAGAGCCAUUUCAAGAGCCUUCUCAACCUGAUCCCUUCCAGAUGCUUUGGACUACAACUCCCAUGAGCCACAGCCAAAGGAGCCGUGCUCACAUCAGCCCCAGUAUCUUCUAGCUGUGCUGGCUGGGGAUGAUGGGAGUUGAAUUACAACACUUUUCCAUGUGUAAGUAGAGCUGGAAAAGUAGUCACUCUUACUUCUUAGUACCCCCUUUUAAAAAUCCCAUGCAUCAGUUUCACAGUGGAAAUGAGCAAAGUAAAAAAAGAAAGAAAGCAUAUUAUUCAGAUAAAGCAAUUUACCUUAGUUCUCCUUUCCUUUAAAAAAGGGGGGGGGGUACUUGACUUGCUGUUUAAUGUUCCAGUUUUUCAUACUUUUAUUUUAGAAACUGAAAGCAGGAUGGUUCAUUAAGUAUUUAGACUACUAGAGGCUUUGGAAUAUGUAGCUUGUAGGCAGUAUAGUGUCCAAUGGCAGCACCACCCCUGCUAGGGCAAACACUGCAGCAAAGUUUUGCUGCAUCAAUCAGACACCAGUUCUUGCCUUUGUCUGCUGUGCUCUGCCCUCACUGAUGUCUCCUGAAGCAGGUCACUCCCUCACCUUUUGCACAGCAGGGUCAGCCUUCUUUGUAGGUGAAAUGGGAAGCUUGCAACAAAAUUUACUAUAUAUAUGCUGUACACACACAGCACUGCACAGCACAGCCACACAUACUUUUGGAAGCUCACCUUACAUACAGGAUGGGUUUGAUCCAGGCUAGUACUCAGAGUUCCAUUCAGACUCAUUGAAGAGGGAUAAGACAAUCAGUGGCUACUAGACACGUUAGUCAUGCUGUGCCUGUACACCUGGAGGCAGCCAUGCUUCUGAAUACCAAUUGCUGGAAACUGCAGGAAGGAAGAAGGCUCUUGUGCUUCGUUCCUUGGUUCCUGCUUGCUGGCUUCCUUUUGGGAGUAUCUGGUUGGCCACUGUGGAAAGAGGAUGCUGGCCUAGAUGGGCCACUGGCCUGAUCCAGCAGGGCUUUUCUUAUAAGAAAUGGGACAGGGGUGCAAUUCCCCACCCCACUUCCCACUUCCCCAUGCAUCCUCCUGUGCCCCAAUGGAAAACUUUCUGGGAGCCGGGCAGAAACAAUAGACCUGACUCUUGCCUUUGUGUCAAAGGCUACAUUCCAGGCAUGCAAAAGUCAGAGGUUUCUUAUGCACUCAUUACCACAAUCCACCUCAACUGAUGCAUUAUUGGACAAAUCCAUGGAGGAGGGGACUAUUGGUGACUACGUCAUGAUGGGAGCUAUGCUGUGCCUCCACACAUUUGGAGGCAGUAAUGCUUCUGAACAGUGGCUGCUGGAAAUUACAGGAGAGGAGAGGGCUCUUGGGCUUGAAUCUUGCUCCCUGAUUUCCCAAUCAGGGACCUUGGCAUCUUGCUUGGCCAGUGUGAUUGCAGGAUAUGGACUAGAUGUUCUUACUAUUGUGGUUCAAAUACACGGUUCAGCAGUCAAAAUUGCUCAAGAGAGGCCCAAAGCAGUGUUAGGCAAAGAGCAUGGCCUCUGGAAAGUCUCGUGGGCAGAGAAGCCUGGAGGGCUGCAUUCCCUUGAGAAUGGGCCUGAGAUUCCCCUCCCCGGUUUAUAUUCACCAAAAUGACAAUUUACCAUCGCAGCUGUGAUCGUCUGUGGUACAUCAUCAAUAGGACUCAAUGGCUAUGAGUAUUCGGAGCAGUAGAUACUGUUGCAACAAGGGGCCUUGUGGUGGGCGGGCCUUGAGCGAAUUGUGCCAGGGAGUGUGUAGCUGGUCCAAAAUGUUUGAAAACUGCGUUCCUUGCCCACCACAGACCCUGAUCCCCCAAACCAUGAGCAGCAAUUCUGCCUGCUCAGCAGGGCUUUGUGUGUGCUAGUGUGUGUUGGGUAUACUCUUUGCUGCUGUUGAAGCUCUCCUGAGAUUUUGCAGGCUUUGACAUGGACACCCAGUGCACCUGUUUCCAAACAGUUGCCUGGGGGGCAGUUGGGGGGGUGCGAGAGAGAGAUUUAGCUGAAAAUUUAGAUUUGCAGAUACUAGUACAACAUGCAACAUUGUUCUGAAGCCCCCUUGCCCGUGGAUAUGGCUGUACGAGGAGAGACAGGUGCAGGCAGCUGAAGUAAUCCUUAAACAAUUGUUUUAGUAGUAUAACAAUGACUGGCAGGCUGCCCUGCUCCAAUGGAAGUUCAAAGAUAAUUCAGCUUUUCAGACAUCAGAAAUUCCAGUCAAAUCUCACAGAAUGUGAUCUGGAGAGGCUCAAAAGAGUGAGUGGAAUGAAUAUCUCCACCACAGAAGAGAAGACAAGAGCUGGAAAAACAAAUCAUGUUUGGCCACAGAAAACUCCCCCUUGCAAGCAGAAAGUGAAUUCUUGACUGAGUCCCAACAGCCACUCCCAGUACUGGUGAAGCAUGGGUGUUGGAGGCUUCCCUUGCAAAUUGAGCUAGAUAAUGGCAAAAUUCUUUCCCAGACACCUUGGUUGGAUUUGCAUUGCCGUCAUUCUUUCUUUAAAAUCUGAAGCAUGCUCCUCAGAUGUCCAAUUUUUUGAGGUUAUAUUGCAGCUUUUGCCAGCCUCUUUACUACAGCUCCAAUCAGCCCUAGCCAAGACAUAGAGCUGCAAUUUCUAGAGUUUCCUGCAAAGAAGGGUUGAUGGUUAAACUGUUCCAGGGUGGGGAAUGAAGGGGGGGGCGUAUCAACUAACAACUCUCAGCAUCCUUGACAAACUACAGCUCCCAGAAUUCUUUAGUUGAAGCCAUUCUUAAUGUUCUUCUGUUUGCCAAAUGUUUUAGCUGUUCCUAUUUUAUCUGUAAGCUGCCUUGAGUCACUGUCAGCCUAUAAAUAAUAAUUAAUAGUAUAAUAAUUGAUUAAUGCCUUUAUUAAGGGGUCUCUGAAGGCAAAUGACAUAUAAUUCUUAAACAUGAAUGAUUGAUUUUGAUUUAUUUAUUGUAUUUCUAUGCUGUUUUUCAUUGAAAUGAAUCCCGAAGCAGCUCACAAGCGAUUAUGAUUAACAAAUCAAUAGGGCAUUUAUCAGGGACGCAGGUGGCACUGUGGGUUAAACCACAGAGCCUAGGACUUGCCGAUCAGAAGGUUGGCGGUUCAAAUCCCCACGACAGGGUGAGCUCCCAUUGCUCGGUCCCUGCUCCUGCCAACCUAACAGUUCGAAAGCACGUCAAAGUGCAAGUAGAUAAAUAGGUACCGCUCCAGCGGGAAGGUAAACGGCGUUUCCGUGUGCUGCUCUGGUUCGCCAGAAGCAGCAUAGUCAUGCUGGCCACAUGACCAGGAAGCUGUACACCAGCUCCCUCGGCCAAUAAUGCGAGAUGAGCACUGCAACCCCAGAGUCAGUCACGACUGGACCUAAUGGUCAGGGGUCCCUUUACCUUUACCUUUAUGGUAUUUAUCCCCCAUAAAACAAUAUUAACAGCAUUAACAAAAUAGCAACUAAGAAAAAUAAGCUCAGUGCUGUUAAGUUCAUACACACAUGCUCCAAGCCCCAUGACUUAUAAUCUUCCACUCAAUUCAAUUCAUUAAAAUACACAUAAAACACACAUAAUGCCCAUUGUUAAGACAGCGCAACCAGAUGUUGUGCCAGCUGGCUUCCUCGGGUAGUGGGCCAUGGUGGAAAUGGUGGGGCUCUUGGGCCUACCAUCAGUGGCAAUGAGGAACUUGCCCAGAUUGCUCCUGAUAAUAGGGAGGUCCACUCCCACUCAAGGAAGUCCAAGACAAACUUGUCCCUCCAGAACAACAAAUCACAACUGCACUCUGUGUAGCGGCUGCCCACAAGAUCCAGCAAUGCCUCCAUUAAUAUUAUUGUAUCUAAAUCAUAUGUGCAAGGAUAUUCAUACAUAAAUUAAAUCACUGUCAUAAAACUGAAAGGAAACAGUAAACAUCUGAGUGCCGUGUACAUCCAUCCCCUUCAAAUUUUGAUAAGCAUGCCAACCUCAGUUUGUGUUCAUAGCAGGGAGGGAUUUGGUGUUCUUAGUUGUAGCAACAUCACCUUUCUAUUUUAGCUAGAUAUAGCUGUGUCUUCUCCACCUCAGUUUCCACCAUGGUCUUCUUCAAAUAGGUGCCAUAAAAAUAAAUACAGGCCCUUAAAACAACAAAAACACCAUAAAGAAGCAGAAACUUCUAAUUUUCAGUAACUUCACACCACGCAUUGUUUCAAAUACAUGCACACAAUAACUUCACCACCAAACUGUUUCCAAGAGGCUCAGCAGCCUACGAAAAGGAAGCAACAGGCAUGGUCCUAGCUAUUGUGAGGUAAUACAGGGUAAAAUAGGCUAAUUGCCCAUAAUAGUGGCCACUCCCUGACUCAACUCUUCCACUGAGCACAUUCAGCCUUGCUAAAGUGGUAUAUCUCAUUGGGUUAUGAAUGCACUAAGAAGCAUCCUUGUGUGAUGAGGAAACCUUGCCUUGUUAGGUGUCCUGAUCACAAGGAAGCUACUGAAUGCAUUUGGCCAACAUAACCUCCCUGAGACAGUCUCAGGCAACACGGGAUGGUCAGGCUUGAGUAGGUGUGCUUGGUGCAUCUGAGGAUGUUAGUACAGUGGUGCAGCAUGUGUAUGUUCUCUCUCCAUGCUUUAGUUCCAUGUGCCAUGUUCUCCGGAAGGCAUGAAGAGGAUUUUCAUUUCAUCCUAUCCUUCUGAGGCAGGAGAAAUUCAAUGUAGAAUGUUCGCUCAGCACCAUAGCAUUGCCAACAAUAAUUUCCGGGGUGGGGGUGCAUGUGUCCUUUUUAAAGAAAUGCAUCUUAGCAUGUGUGAAUACACACCCAUCCUUCCAUGUACUUAAACAGUAUUUUACAUGAAGGAAAAGCUUUAUAAACAGUACCAAAAGUACUCCAGGCAUUUAAGGUUGUGGAAGGUGUUUGUAUGACAUGGAACACUAACCAAUUGGGAUUUGUAGUUGGGUACAAAAGAGUUGAAGCAAUACAGCUCAAACCAAAUGCAGUGUAGGGUAUGUAUGCAAGGCAAAGCUCCAAGUGUUUCUCUCAGUGCAACUUCUGGAGCCAGAAGCAUGAAAACCUUCUUUUCUGGAGAGUGAUGUAUUUAAAAUGAAUAAGUAGGGCAUGCGCAGGCUCAAGCAACAAGGUGAUACUAUAAUGAACAUGGAGUACAGCAAGGCAGUCACGAUGACAUACCUGUUCUAUGUAUAGCCACGACAUCGUCCUUGCACUUGAGGUCUUGCUAGUAUGCCUUGUGAGCUCAUGAGUGACUGAGCAAUGAAUGGUUCUUCCAAGUGGUACUUUGAGAAUCUUAGAGCUAGCAAAAAAGCAUGUAAGUGAUGUAACCCAACCAGGGCGGGUCAAGUGUGCUUGUGAAGGGUUGGAUGGACAUUCUAGAGGCUCUAUAAAUAAAUGGGAGGAACCAUGUGACUAUCACUGCUCUUCUCUCCCUAGCCUGUUCCCUUGCUGUUGAAUGCAACCUCUCUGUGUGCUGUUAGCUGCAAUUUGGGGUUCCUGAUUUGGAGGCCCCUUAAGGCCUCCAUGAAAAAGUAGCAGUUCUGACCUCCUCACUUGUGGGAAUGUUCUGGGGUGCAGGAGAGGAUAUAUUGACUAAUUAUAUCCUUAUCCAACUUGUGCUAACAAGUUCCCAAAAUAUCAGCAGAGUUUAUAAACAUUCCCCUUUAAGUUCGCAACGGUAACGUGUGCACAGGUUCGCUAGAACCUCUAUAAUAAUUACCCUGGUAAUUUCCCCUUUGUUCCCUCUUAAAAUACAAGACACAACACAGUCUUUAUGAAAGUAUAAAAAGAGUUUACUCACGUUCUGUUCACAAUAUGAUCCCAGAAGGCAGACAGGCUUAAAAAGGUUAUAUACAUCCAGAAUCUAUCUUAUAGCAAGAUAGUCCUUUCUUCCUCUCUUGGCUGAGAGCCAAGAGAGCAUCUUUAGAUGCUUCCUCAUCGAAGGAAAAUGGCAGAGAGAGAGAGAUGGCUGCCUGCCCUGUGCUUUUGUCAUUACCUGCACAGGUGAGGCCACACCCACCUCUGGUCACAUGCGGAGGAAGUCCGUCCCCAGGAAGUUUACCUGCUUGCUGGACAGACAUCCCUCCCCAUGUUCUAACAUGUACACUCUAGGAAUGUUGUCAUUGACUGCUCCUGUGUUUACAUCCCACAUCACUGUCAUGUGUCUUUCUGGCCUACCACACCAAAUAUCCUCAUGUCUGAUGGAGCUACAGCUGUCCUGGCUGUACCUAAGGAGGUAAGUGCAGGGUUUCCCAAACCUGGGUCUCCCCCUAUUUUUGGACUACAACUCCCAUCACCCCUAGCUAGCAGGACCAGUGAUCAGAGAUGAUGGGAGUUGUAGUCCAAAAACAGCUGGAGACCCAAGUUUGGAAAACCCUCCUUUAGUGGAAGGAAUGAGACUGGACAUGCUGCUCUUGGCUGCCCCAGAGCUGCUCCCUACAUUGAAUACUUUACUGCUAUGAUUACGUGGACCCCAGCUUUGGGAAACAUAAGAUGCACAACCACAAAUCAUAGAAUCAUAGAAUUGUAGUGUUGGAAGGGGUUCCAAGGGUCAUCUAGUCGAACCUGUGCAGGAAUCACUGCUAAGGAAUCCCCAACAGAUGGCCAUCCAACCUCUGCUGAGAAACUUAUUGCCUCGCUCUCACUCUGGAUGCUUCAAGUACUAGGAGCCAUUGAUAGCCCUCUCCUCCAUGAAUUUGUUCACACUUCUGUUAAAGCCAUCCAAGUUGGGCAACCGGCUCAUGAUGUCGCUAUAUCUGCCUGACACAACAUGGCAGCAACACACCCCUCUCCUCCUGGCCCUAGAAGGAAAUGGGGAAAGGGAAAUGGAGGCGGCUAAGGGACUACCUACCCACUUCCCUGUGUUUUAAAAUCAAGGGAGACAGGGAGGAAAAGAGAGGCAGCACUUACCAAGAGGGAGGUCUGUAGGAUUCACCAUCAAGGUCAGCCCCAUUCUGGCAUCAGUGGUAACAAGCAGAAGAACAGGAUGGGAGCAAGGCAGAGGGCCCACCUCUUUCCCAGCCCAGCUCUGCUCACACCUCCACAUUAGACCAGCUAAAGUCAUAUGCAAAGAAGUUUGGUUCCGCUUGUUGAGAAGCCUCUGGCUGACAGUACCAGCUAAUGUUUCCAACAGCUGCUACAAACACCUGUGGAAAGCCCCCUUCCAAUGCUCUUUCUGAACUGCUUCUACUCAUUCUCCCUCACUAUGUAACUGCCUGCCUUUUUCCUGGUUUUUGAGUAGUAGAGAGGAACAUGGAAAACAAUUUAUGGGCCUUCCUUGUUCUCUCAGCAGCUCUGAGUCCAAGAAGUGGGGUGCUAUUCCAGGGAGGGAGAGUACUCUAGCAGGCAGAGCCAAGAGAGGGUUGAUAGGAGGUGAGUGACUGUAGUGCCUUAGGAAUUGCUGGCUGCUGUGGUCACUCAGAAGGUUUCAUCCUUGUGGAACUUCAUUCAUAGUCCUCUGUUGAACUGGCCCAUAGCAGCUUAAUAAUCUGCUUUUAUGCAUUUGUGCAAUUCUUACUCAUUUUUAGGUUACUCUGCAUAGCAUAAAAACAGAUUGUUCCUCUUAUUAUAUUUGUGACUUUAAUUAUUUCAUUUGUGACUUAAUGUAUUCCCUCUUUGUGGUAUUUUCCCAAACUGUUCAGUUUUUCAUAUGAAAGGUUGGUUCCACCACCACCCUAAUCCAAACGAUAUUUUUAUAUCCACAAACUCUCUUUAAUAAAGCUUCUCCAAGUACUGCUGGAAGAAAUGGAUUAUACUGACCCGUUUUGUACUGGCUUCAGACCACAUUUUGUCACACAGGCUUGGUUUCUCUGAUAGAUGAUCUUGAUCAGAAGGCAAACCAGGAGGGGGAGGAUGAGGAUGUGUCGAUUCUCCUUGAUUUCAGCGGCUUGAGAUACCGUCAGCCACUGAACCUUUCUGGACCAGUUCUGUGGGAUGGGGUUGGGGGGCAUGAUGAUAUGAUGGUUCUGAUCCUACCUGCAAUGGUGGUUUGAGAAGGCAGUAUUGGAGGAUCUCUGCUGAAUCCUAUGGCACUUGUGUUAUGUUAUGGCACUCUCUUCUCCCACCCUACUCCCUAACAUCUGUAUGAAGUCACAGAGUAAAAUCACCUGAGGAUUUGGGGAGAGGUGCCGCAAAUAUCCAGCUCAAUUUCUCCUUGACAGGUGAGGCUGUGAAGGUGCUGAACCAGUAACUGAAUGUGGGAAUGGGCUGAAAGCAGGCCAAUAAAUUGAAGCUGAAUACUAUUAAGGUAGAGGCACUGUGGAUAUAUGUGCUUUGAGUUUGGGGAAGUGGUGAGCUAGGCUCUGAUGCAGAUUGUACCACCCACCACCAAUUCAUAGCCUAGUGGCAGCUUUGUCACUAGAAGCCCAGGUUGACUCAGUGACACAGCUUCGGUUGGUUCACCAACUUUGGCUGUUUCUAGACAGUCUAGCCAUGGUUAUCCAUUAUCUGGAAUCUUCCAGCCCUCAAGUUGACAUGGAAGCUUCAAGUGAUGCAGAAUCUGGCUGCCAGACUUUUGAUUACUACUGCUACAUUUCUUUGUAUACCAGUCAUAAGAGAAUUUCAUUGGCUGCCUGUUUGCUUCUAGGGCCAAUUCAAACUGCUGACACUUGCCUUGAAAGGCCUAAAUAGCUUGGGGUCCAAAUAUCUGAAGGAACGCCAUCUUAAGGUAUACUGUUGAGGGUUUAUUUCCCCCAGGUACUGUCUUUAUCAGAGAUACACUCUCCAAUCUCAGGAAUGAAGGCUUUUUCAGCUGUGGUGCCCUGGGUGUGGAGCUCCUUCUCAAAAGAAGCCAUCCUGGCAACUUGGUGCCAGGCAAAAAUGUUUCUAUUUGCCCAGGCCUUUAAAAUUCUUAAGCCUUAGUCGUGUUCAUUUUAAAGAUGAUUUUUUUAAAAGGAUAUUAUUUGUCCUUUUAUUGUGAUAUGAUAUAAAUGCGUUGUGAAGUCUGGAUAGAUUUUAAAUUGUUUUAUUUACUGUAAUGAUGUCCACCAGGAGUGGUAUUGUUUGUAUUGAAUAACUCUCACUUUUUAAUUUCUUUUCAAAGGAAUUUUGGAAUUUAUAAGCUUGGCUGUAGGGCUGGUUAGUAUCCGCGGUGUGGAUUCUGGACUUUACCUUGGGAUGAACGAGAGAGGAGAGCUGUAUGGAUCGGUAAGUUAGCCCUUCAGGUUUAUGGAAUAUCAAAUACUGUUGGAGUGGGUAACAUUAAGGUUUUAUUAUGCCUUGAUAUUUUCCAAGAUACCCACUUCAAUCUCUUGUGGCUCUGACUUCCACAGCCACUCUUUUGCAUUUGGGAUCCCCAGCAACUGAUUAGUGACCAUGGCACAAUUAUGGUACUGAAAAUGAGCUGCAGCUAUGAGUUGCAGAAGUAGUAGGCUCCACAAAAAGCAAACAGAAGUGUAGGGUCUUUUAGCCCACAUUAAAGGUAGCCACCUAUGAGGUAGGCAGUCAAUGAUCAAGUAGGAUGGGAGUUAUGGCUCAACAACAUCUGGAAGACUAUUAUCAUUAUUUAAUGUAUUUAUAUCCCACCUUUCUCCCAAAUAGGGAUCCAAUGUGGCUUACAUUUUAAAAUGUUAUAAAUUACAAAGUUAUUUGUAUGUGACCAGUGGUCAACAUCACCCACACCUUCGUUUUCUAUGCCCUGUCUAAAUAAGAAGGUCUUAGCUUGCUGGCAGAAGGAUUACAAGGAGGGAACCAUUCGUAAACUCUGUUGGGAGGGAAUUCCACAAUAUGGGAGCAGACACAGAAAAGGCUCUCUCUUGUGCAGACUUCACCUGCAUGGAUAUGGGGAGGGGCUGUAGCUCAGUGGUAAAACACCCAGGUCCCUGCCACUGCUUUAAAGGUAAGCACCAGUGCCUGUCUUGAGUUAUGCCCAGAAACUGACUGGUCAUUUGCUGUCCAUUGUUUGUUUGGGGAGUUUCUGGCAGACCUAAGCAGACCCAAGAGUAUGACUGAUAGUGUGUCUCUUUUGAGGUUCUCAUCUUGUUUAGGAAAGCCAUGAAACACAAACCAUUGUCAGGUCUGUGGGUAUUUUGUGCUUAUAUUUAAAUGCUACAUUCAAGAUCACCACCAAAGAAAAGCCUGAUUUUGUGACUCAGGGUUAAUCCACACUUACUGUAUAUUUUGCCCUGUGCUUUCUAGGCACAGGUCUGUGUCCAAGUACUUUUUUAUUUUCCCUGCCACUUUCCCCAGGAAAGCCCACAUUUUAACUCUGAAUCAGAACAAAUGGCAAUUCAGGCUUUCCACAGAAUGGUUCUCAGUGAUAAGGUUUUUUCAGGGACAGGGCUGGGGCCCAAAAAAAGUGCUCAGGCAUGGAGCUUUAAAGUGUCUAGAAACAUUGCACAGAAGAAAGUCUGGAUGAGCCCUCAGUUAAAAUGUGAACAUUUAAUAAAGAUGCACAUUUUUUCACUUGCAUAAUUUCCGCUGCUGUUUUACAAUUAUUUUGCGUAGUUUCUUCUGGUCUUGCUACUUAUAGUGAACUAUAAAAAGCCUCACACACAGCCAGUGGAAAUCUUGUUCAGACACACCUCUGGGCUUCUGAGACUUCAGUGAACACAUUUUGGCAUAUCUUCCCAGUCAUCUGGAUCAGAAACUUUUGAAGUUUUUGAACUUUUUGAAGUCGAAGAUGGAACUCUAGGAAGUUCUAUAUUCUGCACUCCCCUAUAAUUGCGACAUGCACAUGGGCCUGGCUAUCGCUUGGAUGCGCUCUGCUUUGGAGCAGCCCACAAUUUGGACUGGAAAUUCGCCAGUCUUGUUAUGGAUCUUUCCUGCUCAAAUUAGAAAAUAAGUUAAAAUGCUCACCUGGGUGUCUUGAUAAUGCUAAUCUGAUUUAAAUCCCAAUUCCAAAUCAAAGUCCAUUCAGACUAAUUAUAGUAUCCAGUUACCCCUCUGUGAUGUGUUCUCUUGGCAGUCUCAGCAGGAAAGCCAACCCCAUGCUGAUUUCCAGUUGGAUGAUUCCAUGCCAUUAAAAAUCUCUUGACACAUACAGGAUUCUUACUGGAUUCUGCUUUAUGGCACAACACUGCAAUGCUAUUUGAAGGGUUGACAUGGGAAAGUUUCGGAUUUGGCUCUUUCUAAGCAUCUAAUGCAGCAGAAAAAGAUUUUUAAAGACCAAACUAAAUGCAGUCAUUUUGACAAGUUCUGGUUGCCAUAUAUCAGCAAUGUAAAACAGAAGUGACGUUAAUGUUAGACCUCCAGCCACUUACUUAUGGAGAGGCUGUCACAGAUAAAUGAAGCCUUGGCGAUACAUUCUGUGAUUCAGUUACUUGACAGCAUUCCUGCUCAUUUUCUUUCUUAUAUGUUCUUUCAUUUUAUUAAUUUCAUAAAAUAUAUACACCACUUGAUUGUGUGUGUGGGACCCUCAAAGUGGUUUACUAAAAAGGAAAAAGCAGUAAAAUUGUGUGUAAGAAAGAAUGACAACAAUAAAUUAAAACUAUUGAAAAGUUAACAAUACACUAAAAACAGAUUAAAACUCACAUCAGCUUUCUAUACAUCUGAGUAGGCUUGUCUAAACAAGAAUGUUUUUAGCAGGUGCCAAAAAGAGUACAGUGACGGUGCCUUCCUGGUGUCAAUAGGCAAUAUGUAGUUGCAGAUCAGGUAUUCUAUGGGAAUGGAAGUGGUUCAGUGGGCAUAUAUGGGGGUAUGGUGAAACUGAGGUAUAUGUAACUGAUGUAUGUAUGUAUGUAACAUUCUGCAGGUUUUGUUCAAAUGUCAUUUUAUUAUAAAGCCAAUAAAAUAUUCUACAAAAUAAAAUAACCCAUCAACACCGAAAUGUUCAGCAUUUGCAAAUUUUCACCAUGGUGGACACAGAGCAGCAUCCUGCACAGGCUGGAACAUAGGAAGCUGUAGUUCCAUCCAACCCAAUGUUUUCUGCUUUGAAUGGCAGAGGCUCUCCAGGAUCUGACACAGGAGCCUUCCACAUCACUUGCUAUCAUUUUGCAGUUUGAGGUGCCAUGGGAUUGAGCUGGGACUUUUCCAGAUGCAACUGCAUCAUUGCUAGUGUGUGAUGAUGAUGAAGCACAUUAUGAAGGAGCAGGUUCUCAGACACGGCCACUAAUCCACACACAUUGGCUUUCUCCCUCAUGGCUGCCAUGGUGAAGAGGCCUAGUUUGUAUGACAGGGCAGAUUUUCCAACUGUCUGGCACGGGAUCCUCCAUGAGAUGUGUAGAGAGCCAGUGUAGUAUCGUGGUCAGGGUGUUGGACUAGGACCUUGGAGACCAGGGUUUGACUCUCCACUUGGCCAUGAAGCUCACUGGAGUUGAGCUUGGGCUAGUCACUGCCACACCUUGAGCUCCUUGUAGGAAAACAUGGGAAUAUAUAUAUAUAUAUAUAUAUAUAUAUAUAUAUAUAUAUGAGAGAAAGAAACAAAGAGCAAGCUUCCCUGAAAUAAAGAUUGCUAGCCACAACCCCUCUUCUGUCACAGAGCAUUGCAAGAGUUCUGUCAUGCUCGCUGUCCAUACAGAGCAUCUCACACCAUCCAAGGACAUUCCCCAAAUAGGAAAAUAGCAAGUUGCCUUACACCACCAGUUUAGCUCAGUUUAGCUCAUGUCCACAGAGCAUGGCAGCAACUCUUCAGAUGAGACAUUUAUAGCCCUACCUGGAGGUGCCAUUGGGGAUUGAAUCUGGAACCUUCUGCAUGCAAAGUAUAUGCUUAUGACUAAGCUAUGCUUCUCCCCACCCCGAAAAACAAUUAGGAACAUAGUUGGUUGCCUUAGCCUGAGUUAAGCCAUAGCUCCAAUCCAGCUCAAUAUUCUUUACACUGACUGAAUGUUGGAAGAUUCAGGACACAUAAAAGUAAGUAUUUAUUCACUCACUCAGAGCAUAAAUGGUCUCAGCCCUGUAUACCUGAGGGAGCAUCUCCACCCCUGUGUUCAGCCCAGACACUGAGGUCCAGCACUGAGGGCUUUCUGGCGGUUCCCUCACUGUGAGAAGUGAGGUUGCAGGGAACCAGGCAGAGGGCCUUCUCAGUAGUGGCACCCACUCUGUGGAAUGCCCUCCCAUCAAAUGCCAAACGGAUAAACAUCUAGCUGACUUCAGAAGACAUCUGAAGGCAGCCCUGCAGAGGGAAGUUUAAAUAAAAAAGUUUGAUGUUUUAUUAUGUUUUCAUAUAUUUUGGAAGCCGCCCAAAGUGGCUGGGGCAACCCAGUCAGAUGGGCGGGGUACAAAUAAUAAAAUAAUUUAUUAUUAUUAUUAUUAUUAUUAUUAUUAUUAGAAUAUGGAACUCGCUCCCACAGGAGGCAGUGAUGCCAACUUGGAUGGCUUUAACAGAAGACUGGAGAAAUUCAAGGAGGAGAGGGCUAUCAAUGGCUCCUAGUACUUGAAGCAUCCCGGAGUAAGGGCAAGGCAAGGAGGAAGGGUGAAAGCAUUCACACGCCUUUGUGCUGCGAGAAGGAUGGGAAGCUUCUCCCACGUUUGAUCUCGCCAUGUCGCCAUACACAUAUACAUCAUACACUCUAUAGUCUGAUAGGUGACUUUGCACGCGUGCCCUCAAGCUUGCGCCUCCAGUGAGGGCCUGUUUCACCAACUCCUAGGUAUGCCUCUGCUCUUACUGGUAAAAGCUCUCUGGGAUUUCAUGCUCAACCCUAUCAAGAGAUGCUGGGGACUGAACCUGGGACAAAGCAGCUGCUCAUGUAAGAGGAUCCUUAUGGGAAAGGUUGUGGAAAGGAUUCCCUUAACCCUGUGGGGCAGGCAGUAGCAUGGCCAGCAGUAUAUUGUGCAAGGGAAUACCAGUCAAGUGAAUGGUUUUCUUAAACCCAAGGGUUGGGAAUUUUCUUCCAUCCAAGGGCCACAUUGCCAAUGGGCAAACUUCUGGGAUACCACAUGCCAGAGAUAGGUAGAGCCGGAGGCAAAAGUGGGUGGAAGAACAGAUGUGACUCUUAACCUAAGCCUUCUAACUUCUACAAUGCACUCACCCCUCUUAUCUGGGCAAGCAAUAGUUCAGGGGCCACAUUUCAGGUAGGCAAAAGCACCUGAGCAAAGUAUGGAGAAGGACCAGUGAGAGGUGUAGCCUAGGGAGAAUCCCAAGGGCCAGACAGAGAAUUAUGGGGGUCACAUUUGCACACACACACACACACACACACACACACACACACACGUUGUUCAUAGAAGGCUCUUCCCAAAUAGGUGGCCAGGCAGGACAAAUUAAAUCCUGGUCUAGAUUACAACAGUGUGCCCAACUCCAGAUCAGCCUGCUCCCCAGCCAUCGAAAAGGACCCUCCCAUGAGAUAUUCUCUUUGCAAGGGGAAGGCCAUAGCUCAGUGAUAAAAGCAACUGCUUUGCCUGCGGAAGAUCCCAGGUUUGAUCCCCUAAGGAAUUUCCGUAUAUGGCUAAGAGAGAACCCUGCUUGAAACCCUGGAGAGCUGCUGCCAGUCAGUGCAGACAACUGAACUGGAUGGACCUAGUCUAGCAGUGUUCCUGUGUCAAAGUCCCAUGCUCAGAUUAAGCCAGUACCAUUGACACAAAAGGAUGACUAAUUCCGAAGGAGCUGAAUCAUCGUAUCAAUAUCAGUCAACCAUUCCUGGGCUUAACUAUUUUAGGGAUGUGACCUCAGGAUAUCCUUACUGUCUUGGGGCAUGACCUCAGCCCAUGGUUAUGUUGCUUCUCGGAAUCCCUGUGCUCAGACGGAACCUCCCAGGGUUGUUUUUCUCUCUCUGCAGCAAAGUCCCUAGGAAUUAAACCACUGCUAUCAUUUGCUCCCUAGGGCACCUACUCAAACAUUUGCCAUUAGCCUUGGUUCUCCUAAACACCAUAUGAGGUGCUACUCCUGUUUCUCAGGGGCUUAUUUGAUGGAAAGCUCCUCCAUUCAAAGUCAUUUAUAACCAUUCAUUCAAACAAAUCCUGCUGUCAGGGAGAAUGGAGUCAUGGAAUCGUAGAACUAUAGAGUUGAAAGAAACCCUAAGGGUCAUCUAGUCCCUUGUGAUGCUAGCAUAACGGCCUUCUUUCCAUGCUACCUCUCCAUGUGCAAAGUCAGCCCCACUGUGUUCUAUGGGUCUUACUUCCAAGCAAGGAGGCAAAGGGUUGCAGCUAUAAACUUGGGGGACAUAGGGAUUGCUGGGGAAGGACAAAUACAGAGCAUCUCAUGGGCUAUGGCACCCAUGCUGCAGAUAGACAACAGAGGAUGGGUACCACUUUCCUGCCCUGCUUGUAAGCUUCCACAAGGCAGCAUGUGUUCAGGGGCAGAGCCCACUCUUUGCAUGCCAAAGGUCUCAGGUAGCAUCUCCAGGGUAGCAAGUGAUGAGGGGCUGCAGCUCAGUGGUGGAUCAUCUGCUUUGCAUGCAGAAGGCCCCUGGUUCAAUCCCAAACAUCUCCAGGUAGGGCUGGGAGAGGCUUCUGCCUGAAACCCUGCAGAGUCAGUAUACGCAAUACUUUGAAAGCCAAUGUGGCAUAGUAGUUAGAGUGUUGGAUUAGGACCUGGGAGACCAGGGUUCAAAUCCCCACUUGGCCAUGAAGCUCACUGGGUGUGAUGUUGGGGGUCGGUCACUCCCUCUCUGCCUAACCUACCUCACAGGAUUGUUGUGAGGAUUAAAUGAGGAGCAGGAGAACCAUGUAUGCCACCUUGAGCUCCUUGGAGAAAAAGGUGGGAUAUAAAUGCAACAAACAAGCAAGCAAGCAAGCAAGCAAGCACACACACACAGCAUAAGACCCUGGAGAGCCACCGUCAGAGUAGGACCACAUUGCCCAAGAUGGAAAGGACUUUAUAAACCUUGCUUCUUAUAUUCAAACGGCAUGCUGAACAAAAUGGGUCUUUGGGUUGAUCCAGCAGGGCUGCCCAUGUGAACAGAAUGUUUGUAGAUUAUUCUUCAUAAGUCUUUUUCUCCCCACCCACUCUCUCUCCCUGAUCCCCUCUUCCACCCCACCUACACACACAGAAGAAGCUGACAAGGGAGUGUGUUUUCCGUGAGCAGUUUGAAGAAAACUGGUACAACACUUACGCUUCAACCCUCUACAAACACUCUGACUCCGAGAGACAGUAUUACGUUGCUUUGAACAAAGAUGGCUCUCCCAGAGAAGGAUACAGGACUAAGAGACACCAAAAAUUCACUCAUUUUUUACCAAGACCUGUGGACCCUGCUAAGAUCCCUGCAAUGUACAGACAUCUCUUCCACUACAGGUGAUGUUCUCUGCAGCUUGAGCAGCCAUUGUGUAUAUAUUUACUUGGGUUUCCAUGGUUUCUGCCAGGACGCUCCAUCCCAUAGCCAUUCCAUCAUUCUUAACAAAUCUGGAUACCAGAUAGAGGAAGCACUGCCUAUUCCUUGGAGUUUUCUUUUCUUUUCUUUUCUUUUCUUUCUAAAGGUAUUAUCUCGAGGUUGAGUUUACUCCCGGGACGGGUGAGGAUAGGGGCAGGGUGGGAGCCGAGCUUGGAAAACCCUACAUAAAACCAUUCAUUAAUUCAAUUACUCUCUUUAUCUGGUGGGCUAAGAGAAGGCAAAAAUUGACACGGGGGAGAAAAGAUUAUUUCUGAAAUGACAACCACCAAUGCCAGCACCAGUUCCUAGCCACACGGCCAUGGUGGCCACACCACAGAAGACCACAGCAAUGACUUGUGUGUACUGCUCACAGGCUUGGAAUGGUUAUUAAGGGGUCCCACAGAAUGGAUGCGGCCUCUUCCUAUUUGACACUCGGAUUCUCUUGAGGUGGCCCUAGCAGACUUGUUCUAUGUUGCUAGGCCAGAACUCCUCACCGUAGGCUCUAGCUGAUAAGACUUCCAUAGUGGGAAAAUGGAGGGCAGAAUCUAGAGUAUCCAAACCAAAGCUUACAUCUGGUAAUCUUGGGUCCAGAGGGAUGUGAGGGAGGGGGCGUUGUCUGUGGGCACACACGUGUGCAUGUUUCCUGCUGUUGAAAUAGGAGCAGAGGAGGGUGGGUCAAGGACCUUAACAUUCUUAACACAAUCCUGUUCCUAAGGGAAAAAAUCUAUUUAUAAAAUGUAUAUGAUAUUUAUUUUAUAUAUUUAUUUAUUUCCAAAAAAUUACUAUUUUUAAAAUGAGAGAUAUUAUGGCCCAACUUUCAUCAGGAAGGGUAAGGUCCUAUUGGAAUAGGAGGGAGGAAAGGGGGUGGGGAGAAAUGAGUUUUAAGAGCUUUUCGGCAAUAAAAUUGUCUUUAUAUAUUGCGGGUGGCUUGCUAAUUUAUUCCAGUCACAUCCAUUGUUAAUUAUGAGGCCCGUCCAGAUAACAUUUUUUUCCUCUUCACACGCAUUCAAGAUGAGUUGUUCUCUUAAUGGGAUCGAUACUCCCAUGUUCAUAGAAUCAUGGAAUUGUAGAGCUGGAAGGGACCCAGUCAUGGACUGGCUAGACACCGAGGAAUGGUGGGAGGCACCAGCUGGGGAACCUCCAAGGGAAGAAGGCUCAGAGUCCAGGGAGUGGUGGUGGGACUAUGGUAUGUGGUCAGAGGGAGAAGAUGGAGCAGACUGGGAGGAGGAGGUGUCAGGAGCUGAAGAAGUAACAGGAUUUAGUUAGCAGGGGGAGGCUGUGGCAGAGGGCAGUCUAGAAUCAGAAGCAGAAGCAGGAAAUGAGGGGGGCCAAGAGGCAGAGAUGAGGCAGGCUGCUGAAGAAGCCAGGGGGUCUCCCCCUUCUGCUGCGACCAACUCCCUUCUCCCCUGGUCUCCCAGGACCCGAAGAGGUAUGAAGAGGUCGGAGCAAAGACGGACGCGCCGGCGUUGUCUCAGAUUGCUCAGGAAGGACCCAGGAGAGGAGGAGACUUAGUCAGCUGUGGGAAGGCGGGGACCUUCAGUCUUCACAACUGCCUUAUAGGGGCAAAACCUACCAAGAAGAGUUGCUGUGCUCAUUAGGCCUGGCACUCCUGAGCAGGCCUUGUCUCUAAUAAAGAGUUAACUUCA